UGCCCUCUCCUUCUUUAUAUAUACCACUGAUUCUCCAUCUCCAUCUUGCAUCUUUCCUAUCAGAUAGCCUUCAAACUCCUCUUCUUCCAUUUCUUUUAAGCCUUUUCGGAAUUCCAUCGUUGUCCCAGAGGGCCACCACAAUAAUUUCAACUCAACCAUGUCAGCCGCCAUAGCUGCAGCCGCUGCCUCCGCUUGCUACUCCUCUACUACCAAAACUUCUCGCACUGAGAACAACCACAACCGCCAACACCAAAACCAUUCAGUUUUAUCUUCACUUUCAGUCUUUUCUCCUUCUCCGCCGCUGGUGUUACCUUUAUUCAGUCGAUACGAGACGCAGAAAAGGCGAGACUGGAACACGUUUCUGCAGUAUCUCAGCCAGCACCGCCCGCCGCUGGCUCUGUCGCGUUGUAGCGGAGCUCAUGUGCUUGAGUUUUUGAAGUAUCUCGAUCAGUUUGGCAAAACCAAGGUGCAUGCUCAGAAUUGUCCCUUUUUUGGGUUCUCUCAGACGCCGGCUCCUUGUCCCUGCCCACUCCGCCAGGCGUGGGGGAGCCUCGACGCGAUUAUAGGGAGACUCCGGGCAGCCUUUGAGGAGAACGGAGGCCGGCCGGAGAAUAACCCUUUUGGCGUCCCCGCUGUGAGGCUUUACCUUAAGGAAAUUAGAGAUGAACAGAGCAAAGCUAGAGGGAUUGCUUAUGAAAAAAAGAAGAGAAAGAAGGCACAAAAUGUUGAACAACCUAAUUUUGGAUAAUUACUGCUAUUAUUAUAAUAAUAAUAAUAAUAAUAAUAAUUAUAAAUAUAAUAAAUGGAUAUGGUGCCUGUGGAGGGUAGAUUUGAUCCCAA